UGCUGGUCAAUAUUUCGCUGAGCAUUAAUUGCUUUGUUUGUGUCACAAGCGAAAAAAAGCGUUGCUGGAAUUGAACAGCUCAGAAAAUGGGUGGGUAAUUCCUCGAGGCUUUCGAAUGAACUAGACCACCUCGGUGACAGAAUGGUAUUAACUGCUCACUGGAUCGCCUGGAAUACCGUAAAGAAAAUGGAAGUUCCAUGUGCCACCCGCUAGGAAAAAUAACAAACAUAGCUGUGUUUUGACAGGAAAUUAUAGUGGGGGUGAUGAAUAACCCUUGUUACUGCCAACCGCAAACAAUGGAGGCGUGGAGGCUAAUUAACGCUUGUCUAAACGAGAGAGAAUUCGAUUACAAGACUUAUUCGUGCAGCACCAAGCCCCUUCGUUGCGACAUCCUGCGUUCAGAGCAUUGCUGAUCAAAAUAUUUACACGAACACGGAAACAGUUUGUAGUGGGAGGGCGGUAGUAUCUGUUCUUCAUGUCUACGUGAUGAUAUCGCUGUUUCCUUGGAUGCAGGCGUGAUAUAAGUAAGUUCAACCAGCCACAGAUAAUACAAUACCAGCGCCAUUAUUUAGUGUGUAUUGAUACACGGCGAGCCAAUCGCGACGCAUCACAACAAUCGCCCUCUCAACUACAUAAGCAAGAAACGACACAGCACCCUCAGAAUUUCGUUAAACUUAACACCAGAAACAUCACUUCAGGCCAAACUUCGAUUCCAUCAUGAUUUCGUCAACCGAAGCCGGCGCUUCGGCGUUUACACCCGUCUCGAUUCCAAAAUCACCAACGAGUGAGGCCGAUGGCGACAGAGAUGAUUUCCAUUGGAGAAAUCGCAACUCAAGCGUGCCUUUUUCUCGCCAUUUCUGGUCCGUUUGGGGACCAUACUCUCCAACUUUUAGCCCUGCGGCCAUGGACCACGUUUUAAAGCCUUCCAGUCCACCACUUUGGCCCGUAUGUUCUUUCGGAGCACCGGCGUAUCCAUCUCUUUGGAAAGAACGCUUUCACCAGUUCAGAUUCGCUUCGUCUUCCGACGAGGAGAAGCCCAGUCAGUCUUACAUCGGACUCAUUGCCGAGGCGAUCUUAAGCUCGCCCGAAGAGAAGCUUAUUUUGAGCGACAUCUACAACUACAUCCUCACACACUACCCUUACUUCAGAAACAAGGGGACUGGCUGGAGAAACAGUAUUCGUCAUAACCUUUCCCUAAACGACUGCUUUGUCAAAGCCGGCCGGAGUCCAAAUGGGAAAGGACAUUUCUGGGCAAUCAGUUCUCUGUACUAUGACGACUUCCGACGCGGCGACUUCAGGCGAAGAAGAAUACAGAAAAGAUCACACAAGAGCCGACGAGCAUCCAACGAGUCCAAAGACGAUGUUGUAAUCUGCAAAGCUGAGAGUAGUGAAGAGGUGGAAAAAGUCUCCGAAGAUCAGGAUGAACUCACUGUCGACUGUUCAACAACGGAGUGCGAUGCGGACCAGAAAGACGAGGAAGCUACCACCACCACUGAAAAACCAGAGGGCUUCUACCAAGAAAAGCGCAAAUCAUUUGACAUGGCCAGCCUGUUGGCACCUGACAGAGGACAGCGCGAGGCAGGACUGCUUAUGCCGGUAUAUCCUCGAGCGUUUGAGCCAAGUCUUGUGUACAACUCGUACGCGACUCAUUCUGGCGACUACCUGCCUUCCUCCCCCGCCUUUGAUCGGUUUCACGUAUCGGAGCCGACUCGACUGAUCUUCCCAUACAAUUACAGGCUUGCCUGCUAAUUUACACAUUUUCACUCUCUGGAAAAGAGUUUUGAAGUUCAGUGGAAUAUGUCGAUCAGUUGAUCAUGGAACUGUUGUAACCAUUCCCACCAGCUGAGGUCAUUCGCCUGUUAAAUCUCAGAGAUUUUGAACAAUAAAAGAACAGUGUUUAAAGGCAUUGCAAGGAAUGAACGCUUACGAAAGAGAAAUUGUAAUCAAUCUUGAAUUUAUCUAUUGCAUUUUAGAAUGGCUCGAAACGAGUCGAAAUUGAGAGAGUGUAAAAUAUAGUUCCAGAGUAUUUGACUGUGUCGAAUUUAAGGAAUUUUUCCUGUUAUAGGGAAGUUGAUGAAUGAAUUGAAUACAUAUCAGUUAUGUAAACAGUUUCUUUUAAGGCUAAAGGAACUUUUACGAUAAAUUAAGGAGGAAUAGACAAAGAAAACGAUAUAUAAAUAAUUACAGAUUUGUUAAUUUACUCAUUCAUAGCUGGAGGCGACUAACAACUCAUUUGCAAAGUUGACAAGAGUCUCAUGAAGAAAAUUAGUUAUUUCAUUGUGCAGACAAAUUUAUUUGCCAAAGCGGAAUUAUCAACAUGUAAAUGAAUGCAUAGAGUAGUUUUUCGUGGAAUUCUGAUGCCACUGAUGGUAUUGUAAAGUAUGAAGUUUAUUUGCGCUGUUAUCCUUCUAAUAGUGAGCGAAACAAUAAUAUAAUGUAAGCCACAGCUGCAAUCGAACAAACAACAAAGACGCUAGAGUUUAGACCGGCAUGUAACACCUUAGGAGAUAGAUGCGCUUAGGCUCUCUGACUGUUAAAUAAAGCUCAGUACAUUUUUAA